GCUGUGGCGGUGUACGGCGCCGGUGGUGCGAUGAAGGGAGGGAAGCUAGGGAUGGAGGACGCUCGGGAAGUACAGCUCAACAGCAUCCGCAUCAUAUCCUCCAAGAACGUUAAGAACCUGGACAAGGUGUGCGCCGAUCCGGUGAAGGGCGCCAUGAACAAGGAACUGCGCGUGAAGGGUCCUGUCAGGAUCCCCACCAAGGUGCUCCACAUCACAACCCGCAAAUCUCCUUGCGGCGAAGGAACAAACACAUGGGAUCGGUUCGAGUUCCGCAUCCACAAACGGGUGAUUGACCUCAUCAGCUCCCCUGAUGUGGUGAAGCAGAUUACCUCCAUCACGAUCGAGCCUGGUGUUGAGGUUGAGGUGACCAUUGCUGACGUGUAA